GAGAAGGGAUGUCCAGAUCUGCCUCUCUUUAACAUUUUUCUUCUUUUAUCUCCCUCACACUGUAACAGCCCCCCUCAACCUCAUCAUGGCCUCUACUGGUCUGCAAAUCUUGGGGAUUGUCCUGACCCUGCUUGGCUGGGUCAACGCCCUGGUGUCCUGUGCCCUGCCCAUGUGGAAGGUGACCGCCUUCAUCGGCAACAGCAUCGUUGUGGCCCAGAUGGUGUGGGAGGGGCUGUGGAUGUCCUGUGUGGUCCAGAGUACUGGUCAGAUGCAGUGCAAGGUGUACGACUCGCUGCUGGCACUGCCCCAGGACCUGCAGGCUGCCAGAGCCCUCUGUGUCAUCACCCUCCUCAUUGUCCUGCUUGGCCUACUCCUGUACCUUGCCGGAGCCAAGUGCACUACCUGUGUGGAAGACAAGAAUUCCAAGUCUCGUCUGGUGCUCAUCUCUGGUGUCAUCUUCGUCCUCUCCGGGGUCCUGACCCUCAUUCCCGUCUGCUGGACUGCCCACGCCAUCAUCCAGGACUUCUACAACCCCUUGGUCGCUGACGCUCAAAAGCGGGAGCUAGGGGCCUCCCUCUACCUGGGCUGGGCCGCCUCAGGCCUUUUGCUGAUAGGUGGAGGGCUGCUAUGCUGCGCCUGCUCUUCUGGAGGGACCCAGGGACCCAGCCAUUACGUGGCCCGCUAUUCUUCGCCUGUCCCACAUUCUCGGGGACCCUCCGAAUACCCCACCAAGAAUUAUGUCUGAUGCCCGCUGGGGAGUGAGGCUCUACUGGCCAGAGAACCUGAGCUGAGCCGUGAGAAAUGAUGUGGGGUAGUUUUUGGGGUUUGUCUUGUUCCUUGUUUUCCUUUUGCAAUGCUGGGUAUGAAACCUGGGGCCCCGCAUAUCUGGUAGGCAAGCACUCCACAGUGAGCUGUGUGGUACCCUGCCCCCUAGGGUUGGUUCCACCUGUGUUUGAGACAGGCUCUCCCUAAUGGUGCUCUGA